UGAAUAUUAAGUACUUCACCCUUUACCAUAGUAGCUUUCGUACCUUAAUUCGCGGACGGGAAGUAGCUGGACACAAGAGCUGCGCACCCACCUCACAAAUCAGAUGCUUACACUAGAAUCCCGAUAAAAUUCACUUUAAUUGAGUCAGAAGCAUUGUUUAGCAAUGUAAACAUUAGCGGCUUUCCCGCUGCUGAUAAUAAUAAGUGACGCGCGCGUGACGUGUGAGUGUUGUUAAAGUGAAUCAUCUGUACUGUAGAGAUGCUGAGCUUUAAACAGGAGGCCUGAAAUCCUCAUUUUCAGCCCAAAAAUCAUCAGAAAUCUUCAGCGCGAUGGAGGAGAUUCUGCGGAGGCUUCAGAAGGAGGCGUCGGGCAGUAAAUACAGGGCGAUCCGGGACUCCUGCGGUGUGGCGUGCGAAACUCUUCAGGCUCAGAAUGGAUCAGUUAAAAUAUCACCAUCUAAACUCAGAGAGAAGUGUUUAUUCCCUCUUCAGUUGGCGCUGGAGUCUAAAAACACCAAACUGGCACAGACGGCCCUCACUGGGAUGCAGAAGAUCCUGUGUGAGGAUUGUUUUCUCGCGGUGGAAGCAGAAGCUCCAGAGAAACAACUGUUGGGUCAAAUCCUGGAAGCUGUCAGAGUGACGCCGAGCCUCCAUGAAGACCUGCAGGUGGAGGUUAUGAAGGUCCUACUUUGCGUCACCUACUCCUCGACCUUCGAGAUCACUGGCCGCAACAUCUUGAAAAUUGCUGAGGUAUGUAUAGAGACGUAUAUAUCCAGUUGUCAUCAGCGCAGUAUCAACACGGCGGUCAGAGCCACUCUCAGCCAGAUUCUUGGAGACCUCACUCUACAGCUACGCCAUAGACAAGAAAACACAGAUGUUGAUGGUGAAGAACAGUGUAUUCCUGUGCACCAGCGCAAAGAUGUCUCUCCCAGUACUGAGGCGCUGUAUGAAGAUGUUGUCAUGGUCCUCACUGUUUUCUGUGACAAACUGGAGUCCGUCUCAAAUGAAAACCAGCUGCUGCAGCUGUUGUACCUGGAGUCUAUUUUGUCCAUGCUCAGCAGCUGUCCUCCCACAAUGCACCUGCAGCGAAACUUCACUGACCUAGUCUGGAAGCAGUUAUGUCCCACCCUGGUGGUGAUAAUGGGAAACCCAGCGAGUGAUAAGAGCAUCACCUCUGCUCAUGGCGCUCAGUGUCAGGACUCAGUAUCAGCCCCGGGGUCAGCGGUUCUGGAUCAGGGCAGGGGUUCGGGAUGCUCCUCUAGUGCUCCGCUUAUGAUUGGGCCGGUGGUCCGGACCAUCUGCUAUGUGGCUGCAGAGUUGGUGCGUCUGGUAGGCUGUGUCGAGUCCAUGAAACCUGUUUUGCAGUCUCUGUACCACCGUAUUCUGCUCUACCCGCCACCCCAACACAGAGUGGAGGCCAUUAAGAUUAUGAAAGAGAUUGUGGGAAGCCCCCAGCGCUUGUUUGACCUCGCCGGUCCAUGCGUGAUUGAACACGAGACGAGAAAGAGGUCUUUCUCCAAAAGGAAAUCACAUCUCGAUCUUCUCAAACUCGUAAUGGAUGGCAUCACAGAAGCGUGUAUGAAGGGUGGGAUUGAGGCCUGUUACUCCUCCGUCUCCUGCGCCGGGGCCCUAUUAGGUGCCUUGGAUGAGCUCAGUCAGGGGCGUGGCCUGCAGCAGGACCAGACCCGCAUGCUGCUGCGCCGAUUGGAGGAGCUCAAGGAAGGGGCGGAGUCAAUGCGUGAGUCUGUGGAAGUCAACGAAGCGGACUUCCGCUGGCAGCGGCGAGUGCUCUCAUCCGAAAACGCUGCAUGGGAGGCGAGCAUUACCGAACGCAGCCCUGACAUUAGCAUUAGCGUCACCACCGACACAGGCCAGACCACUUUGGAAGGGGAUGUAGGGCAGACUACGCUUGAAGGGGAUAUGGGGAGGACCACUCCUGAAGAUUGCGGGGACGAACCGCGACUACCUUCGCCUACCUGUGGAUCUCGUCAGGAGUGUGUCGCACCUGAAAUCUCAUCCUCUACGGCUCCUCCUGACGUAGUGCAACGCAGCCAUGGCCUAGCCUAUCCUGACAUCACCAACUUCUUAUCGGUGGAGUCCCGGACGCGUUCGCAUGGCUCCCGAUACAGCGAGAGUAACUUCAGUGCCGACGAGCAGGAGCUGUCCAGAACAGAGUUUGACUCCUGUGAUCAGUACUCCAUGGCUGCAGAAAAGGACUCCGGACGGUCUGAUGUAUCCGAUAUGGGCUCUGAUAACUGCUCAUUGGCUGAUGAGGAGCAGACGCCGCGGGACUGUCCCGGCCACCGUACACUGCGGACUGCAGCUUUGUCUUUAAAGCUGCUGAAGAACCAGGAGGCGGACCAACAGAGCGCAAGGCUCUUUGUGCAGUCUCUAGCCACACUUCUGCCCCGUCUGCUGGGACUGCACAGCACCACAGAUGUAGAUGCGACCCUGCAGAACUUCUCCUCCACCUUCUGCUCGGGACUACAAGCAGGUGGGGUUCAUUCUCCAGGUUUCGAGGGCAAUGAAAACCUGAACUGUCAGGCUCUAAUGAACGCAGACGGAUUGUACCUGGUCUCCUAUUAUGCUCUCCUGCUCAACCUCAAGCUGUGCUGCUGUGACUAUUACCACAGAAAGCCCACGUCUGCUCUGGUGUCUCUGAAGGAGUUUGUGCGUCAGAUUCAGAGCAGUGGGGUUCUGGUGGUCUUGUCUCAGGCCUGGAUAGAGGAGCUUUAUAACCAGGUUUUGGAGAGAAACCUGCUGGGAGAAGCGGGAUACUGGGGCUCGGCUGAGGAGCAGUCUUUACCCCUCAUCACCAUGCUCACUGAUAUUGAUGGACUGGGCAGCAGCGCUAUUGGUGGUCAGCUGAUCAGAAAAGCCUCAUCACAGUCACCCUUCACCUGUGACAAAAACGGCAAUGACAGCCUGGUGGCAGGUGUGGUUUUUGCGCGUUACAUCCUGACCGGCUGCUGGAAAAACCUGAUCGACACACUGUCCACGCCGCUCACAGGGCGCAUGGCUGGAAGCUCUCGCAGUCUGGCUUUCAUUCUGGGGGCAGAGGGCGUUAAAGAGCAGACGCAGAGGGAAAGAGACACCAUCUGCCUCAGUCUGGACGGUCUGCGCAAGGCUGCAGCGCUCAGCUGCGCUCUGGGGGUGGCAGCCAACUGUGCUUCAGCACUGGCGCAGAUGGCAGCGGCUUCAUGUGUUCAGGAGGACAAAGAGGAGAAAGAAUUAGGAGACACUGGAGAUGCCAUUACUCAAGUGAAGCAGCGUGUGGAACAGAAGCUGGAGCAGAUGAGCCGUUCUCAGGGCGUGAGGCUUCACACUGCUCAUGUCCUCUGCAUGGACGCCAUUCUCAACGUGGGCCUGGAAAUGGGCAGCCAUAACCACGACUGCUGGCCUCACGUCUUCAGGGUGAUCGAGUAUGUGAGUACACUGGAGCACACUCACUUCAGUGACGGCGGCUCUCAGCCUCCUCUGGCCAUCACGCAGGCGCAGCAGGCUGUAGCCGUGGAUCUGGAUCUGGGUCUGGAUCUGAGCGCAGAGGUCAGUCCGGAGCUGGAGCUGAGCCUCAGUCAGCCUGUCAUCCAGCCGCUCUCCAUCCAGCAGCUCCUGAAGGACAGCGCUCGCGGGAAAGCCUUGGAUCUGCGGGGCGGGAGUCUGCUCACGGGAACCAGCGCAGCCAAAGCCGUCUGCACACUUUCCACACAAGCUGACAGGCUGUUUGAGGACGCCGUCAGUAAACUCAACCUCGUGAGUCUUGUGGGAUUCCUGCAUCAGCUCAGAAAAGCUUCACAGUCUCAGCUGUUUGAUUCCGUCACAGAAACUGGAGACUAUUCACUGGCCAUGCCAGGAGAGGCAAAGUCGACCCAGGACAAGCGCAGCGCCCUGCACCUCUUCCGGCUGGGAGAAGCCAUGCUGCGCAUCGUGAAGAACAAGAGCAGGCCGCUGCUGCACAUGAUGAGAGCCUGGAGCGUUGUAGCACCACACCUGGUGGAGGCGGCCUGUCACAAGGAGCGCCACGUGUCCCAGAAGGCCGUGUCCUUCAUCCAUGAUGUCCUGAUGGAGGUUUUGAGCAGCUGGCCGGAGCUGCCGCAUUUUCACUUCAAUGAGGCUCUUUUCAGACCGUUUGAGCACAUCAUGCAGCUGGAGCUCUGCGAUGAAGACGUCCAGGAUCAGGUGAUCACUUCCAUCGGAGAGCUGGUGGAGAUGUGUUCAGCGCAGAUUCAGUCUGGAUGGAGGCCGCUCUUCAGCGCUCUCAGAACCGUGCAUGGAAACAAGACGGAUGUCAAGGAUUAUCUGAUAGGAGAAUAUUCUAUGGGGAAGUCUCAGGCUCCAGUGUUUGAUGUGUUUGAAGCCUUCAUUAACACAGACAACAUUCAGGUGUUUGCUAACGCCGCCACCGACUACAUCAUGUGCCUUAUGAAGUUUGUCAAAGGUUUAGGUGAAGUGGACUAUAAGGAGAUUGGCGAUUGUGUUCAUGUCAGUGGAUACAGCUCUACAGAUCUGUGUCUGCCUGCGCUCGAUUACCUGAGGAAGUGCUCACAGCUGCUUGCCAAGAUCUAUAAGAUGCCAUCAAAGCCUGUGUUUCUGGGUGCGCGGCUGGCGAGUCUCCCAAUGAGAGUGCAGGAGAGAUCCGUGAGCAGCGAAGACGGCUUGGACUGUGUGCUAGCCGAGUUUGAUGACGAUACAGGUCUGAUUCAGGUGUGGAUCCUGCUGUUGGAGCAGCUGACAGCCGCUGUGUCCAACUGUCCCCGACAGCAUCAGCCGCCGACCCUCGAGCUGCUGUUUGAGCUUCUGCGGGAGGUCACCAAAAUACCAGGGCCCGGUUUCGCCAUCUUCUCUGUCAUCCAGCUGCUUCUUCCUGUGAUGUCACUGUGGCUCCAGCGUAGUCAUGGCGAUCACUCAUACUGGGACAUCGCAGCCGCAAACUUCAAACACGCCAUCGGACUGUCCUGUGAGCUGGUGGUGGAGCACAUCCACAGCUUCAUACAUUCAGAUAUUGGCUAUGAGAGUCUGAUUAACCUGAUGCUGAAAGAUCUCUUCAAACUGCUGGUUUCCUGUGUGGCAGAACCGGCUGAAACCAUUUCCAGAGUCGGCUGCUCCUGUAUCAGGUAUGUUCUGGUAACCGCCGGGCCUGUUUUCACUGAGGAGAUGUGGCGUUUAGCAUGCUGUGCCCUGCAGGACGCUUUCUCAGCCACUUUGGAGCCUGUCAAGAACUUGCUGGCCUGUUUCCGGAGCGGUUCAGACAGUUUCACUGGAGAUGCGUGUGAAGUGAAAGUGGCAGCCCCGUCACACUCUCCCUCAGCAGAAGCAGAGAACAUGAGGAUUCGGGCCAUGGCUCAACAGGUGUUCAUGCUGGAUACGCAGUGCUCUCCUAAAACUCCCAGCAGCAAGGAUGGGUUUGAGCAUGCUCAGUCCUGCGUGCUGAUCAUUGAGCUUCCAGCUGACCAGCACUCCAACGGCCAAGCUCAGAAGAGAAAAAUCGGGAUCCCGUUCAGGACUCUGGUUGUGAGUUUACUGUCCCAUCAGGUGCUCCUGCAGAAUCUGUAUGACAUCCUGUUAGAGGAGUUUGUCAAAGGUUCUGAGGGCAAAAUCACGGCUGUGUCGGAGCCAAAACCUGCAGGAUUUCUCCGCUACAUCUCCAUGCAGAACCUGGCCAUCAUCUUUGACCUCCUGCUGGACUCGUAUCGGACUGCCCGGGAAUUUGACACCCGUCCUGGCCUGAAGUACCUGCUCAUGAAAGUGUCCGGAGUGUGUGGAGCUGCUAACUUAUACCGCCAGUCUGCCAUGAGCUUCAAUAUCUACUUUCAGGCUCUGCUUUGUGCAAUGCUGACAAACCAGGAGAACAUGAGCGUGGAGCAGGUGAAGAAGAUCCUGAGUGAGGAAGAGGAGGGCGGAUCAGACUCCUCUCAGCAGUGCUCCUCCGAGGACGAGGAUAUAUUUGAAGAAAUGGCUCAAGUGAGUCCUCCACGUGCCCGAGAGAAACGUCAGUGGCACACGCGUAUCCCAUCUCUGAGCACGCAGCCCGCCAGCAGUGCCGACUGGGCCUGGCUGGUAAAACGUCUGCACAAACUCUGCAUGGACUUGUGCAACAACUACAUCCAGAUGCACCUGGACCUGGAGAGUACUUUGGGAGAGCAACCCACCCAUCGUGCUGACCCACUCUUUUUCUUGCCCCUUUUUAAUUCUGAGACUUCCACGCCCUCAACUGGUGGCCUGUCUGGCCACGGGACUCCUUCAGAAGACAGUUUCCGCCUUAACCUGGAUGAGACGCCCUCAGAAGACGUUCAUAGUCCCGGCGGGUCAAACGCAAGCUUUCCCCAGCGGCGGGACGGGGGCCGCAAGAAGGAAUGGUGGGAGAGUGCUGGAAACAAGCUGUACACCAUAGCCACCGACAAGACCAUUACCAAACUGAUGAUCGAGUACAAGAAACGCAAGCAGCAGCAGCAGCACAAUCACACCAUGUUUGCCAAAGAUGUGAAGGCAGGAGAAAAGAGGGGCGAGCCUGUGACCCUACGAGGCCCGGACUCGCCCGGACCGCAGAGGCCCCAACAGCUGGUUGAACAGGGGCCCAUGAGGCAUUCCUUUAGUGCGGGACCCGAGCUGCUGCGGCAGGAGAAAAGACCACGAUCGGGAUCCACAGCCAGUUCACACAACAUCUCUCUCAGAGAUUCUGAGGCGCAGAUACAGGCCUGGACAAACAUGGUCCUGACCAUCCUGAAUCAGAUCCAGCUUCUGCCGGACCCCACGUUCAUGGCUCUGCAGCCGGCGGUGUUUCCCUGCAUCAGUCAGCUGACCUGUCAUGUGACCGAGCUGCGCGUGCGGCAGGCGGUGCGUGAGUGGCUGGGCCGAGUGGGACGCGUUUAUGACAUCAUCCUGUGAUGAACUCGCCCCGCUCUCAUCUCCGACACGUGCUUUACUGUUCGCUUAACUUUGCUAACUUUUUUCUAGUGCUGAUUGAUCUCAGUGUGAUGCCGAUCCCUUUUUGUGAAUGUUCUUCAUGCCGUCAUGUCUUCAGAAUCUCUAUUUUUAUUUAUAUUUCUAAAAGGCUUCAAAAUCUACAUGUGCCAUAUGUAGACUUAUGUUUUCUCUCUCUCGUCCAAUCCUUUAAAGUUUUUUCAAUGCCCUUGAAGAUUUUAAUCAGCUAAAGUCAAUGCACCUUUGUUGAAGCAUCUCUCAAAGCAUCUAAAGCAUGAACUUCCGCUUAUGCAGUUCAUUUAGCUAAUUUUAUCCACACAUUUCAUACGAUGUGCAUCAUAUUCAGUGCUUUAAUUGACGAUUUUAAACUGAUUCCUCUGAUUUCAAGUUUAAUGUCAUCAGAAACACUGUAUGAGAUAUUACCAAGUCUUACAGAUAUCAGCUCAUAGAGUAUUAUUAGGUCCAGUUAUUUAUUGUUUGUAAAUUGUGAACCACUGGGAGAAGCUGAUUAAACUAUGCUCCAGCUGCUCAUAAAAAUCAUUAUCCUAUUUAAAGGAACAUUGCACUUUUUUCAAAGGAAAUACAUUCAUUUUACAGCUCUCCUACAGUUAAACAGCUGAGUUUCAGCAGAUUUGAACCCAUUCAGCCGAUCUCCAGGUCUGACAGGAGCACUUAGCUUAUAAUAUUCCUAUUUAUUCCUAUUUAUUUUUUUGAAGAUUUACUUUUGGCCUUUUUUGCCUUUAUUAAGUAUAUAGGACAGUAUUAUAAACAGGAAGUGUAGUGGGAGAGAGACAGGGGUUAGGGAUGGGAAAUGUCCUUAAGCCAGGAUUUGAACUCUGGACGCCCUGAAGUGCUACUGCACCAUAUGUGAGCAAGCUAACCAUUAGGCUUUUGCGCCAACAAUAAUAUUUCUAUUUAAAAGAUACACUGCACUUUUAUUUUAAGGAAAGUCUUUUUUUUUUUUCUAAAGCUCCCGAAAAUUAAACAGUUGAGUUUUAGCAUUUAUGAAUCCAUUCAGCGGGAGCAUUUUUAGCUUGGCAUAGAUCAAUGAAUCAGAUAAGACCAUUAGCAUCUUGCUCGAAAAACGACUAAAGUUUUGAUAAUAUUCCUAUUUAAAGCUUGACUCUUCUGUAGUUACGUUGUGUAUUAAGACCAACGUAAAAUGAAAAGUUGCUAUUUGCUGAUAUGACUUGAACUAUACUCUCAUUCAUGCGUAAUAUAUUAUAUAUAAAUA